AUGGACGAGGAGACAGUUCAGCCCAUCCCCAACCUCAAGCUACAGCAGCACCUCUUCCUGCUUGCGCACCACUCGAAGCAACGUGCCUCAUCCGAAGUGCAGGCCUCGCAACAGGCGCUGCUCGAGGGCAUCGAAAAGGAUGAGAUGGCACCAUACUACCAGCUCAUCCUGAGCGAUAAUACGCUGAAAGGCCUGCUGAAGGAGGACAAGUCGCUGAUCAAGCGGCUCGAGGCGAAGAACCAGGAGGAGCUGCAGAAGCUCGACCAAAAGCAGAAGGAGGUGGAGGAGAACGAGGGUGAGAUGGAGAUCAAUGGUGUAUUGCGUCAGAGGGCGGCGUAUUACGCAAAGAUCGGCGACAAGGAGAAGGCGUUGGAGGCGCACAACUUGGCUGUAUCGAAGGGGGCUGGGUUGGGGUCGAAGCUCGAUCUGACGUUGACCAAGGUGCGCAUCGGGCUGUUCUUCGGUGACACGGAUGUGACGACGACAUCGAUUGCGGAGGCAAAGAAGCUGGUCGAGGAGGGAGGCGAUUGGGAGCGCCGCAAUCGAUUGAAGGUGUACGAAGGUCUUCACCUGCUCUCCAUCCGGGACUUCAAGGCGGGUGGCCAGCUUUUCCUCGACGCGCUCAGCACCUUCACCGCCACCGAGCUCAUCGACUACAACGACUUUAUCACGCUCACCGUGCUCGCCAACGCGCUAGUGCUCAAGCGCACCGAUCUCAAGAAGAAGAUCAUCGACUCGCCAGAAGUGUUGCAGGUGAUCGACGAGAUCCCGCACCUGCGCAGUUUCGUUACCAGCCUGUACGCGUGCGAGUACGGCAACUUCUUCCGCGCCCUCGCCGACGUCGAGCAGGCCCACAUCCUCACCUCCCGCGCACUUCACCAGCACGCCCGAUACUACGUCCGCGAGAUGCGCAUCAUCGCCUACUCCCAGCUCCUCGAGAGCUACCAGUCGUUGUCCAUCGACAACAUGGCUACUGCAUUUGGCGUAUCGGGCGACUUUAUCGACAGCGAAUUGUCGAGGUUCAUCUCGUCAGGUCGCUUGCCUGCGGUGAUCGACAAGGUUCAUGGCAUCGUCGAGACCCGCAGACCGGAUCACAAGAAUGCCCAGUACACAAAGAUCAUCAAGGAGGGCGAUGUGUUGCUCAACUCGUUGCAAAAGCUGUCACGAACCGCCUUGUAG